AGGAUGUGGCGGGUAUAAAAGCCCCACCCAGGCCAGCCGGCUCCGCUCGGCAUCUGGGGGAGUCUGCAGCAGCGCCCGGCGCCCGGCCCAGCUCUAUUUUUUAAUCAACAUGUCUACUGUUCACGAAAUCCUGUGUAAGCUCAGCCUGGAGGGCGACCACUCCACGCCCCCAAGCGCCUACGGGUCGGUCAAAGCCUACACCAACUUUGAUGCCGAGAGGGAUGCUCUGAACAUUGAAACGGCUAUCAAGACCAAAGGUGUGGAUGAGGUCACCAUCGUCAACAUCUUGACCAACCGCAGCAACGCCCAGAGACAGGACAUUGCCUUCGCCUACCAGAGACGCACCAAAAAGGAGCUUCCCUCGGCGCUGAAGUCAGCCUUAUCCGGCCACCUGGAGACGGUGAUUUUGGGCUUGUUGAAGACACCUGCCCAAUACGACGCUUCUGAGCUCAAAGCCUCCAUGAAGGGCCUGGGGACUGACGAGGACUCUCUCAUUGAGAUCAUCUGCUCAAGAACCAACCAUGAGCUCCAGGAAAUCAACCGCGUCUACAAGGAGAUGUACAAGACUGAUCUGGAGAAGGACAUUGUCUCCGACACAUCUGGUGAUUUCCGCAAGUUGAUGGUGGCCCUUGCAAAGGGCAGAAGAGCAGAGGAUGGCUCUGUCAUUGACUAUGAACUAAUAGACCAGGACGCCCGGGAACUCUACGACGCUGGUGUGAAGAGGAAAGGAACCGAUGUUCCCAAGUGGAUCAGCAUCAUGACUGAGCGGAGCGUGUGUCACCUCCAGAAAGUAUUUGACAGAUACAAGAGCUACAGCCCUUAUGACAUGCUAGAGAGUAUCAAGAAGGAGGUCAAGGGAGACCUGGAAAACGCCUUCCUGAACCUCGUGCAGUGCAUUCAGAACAAGCCGCUGUACUUUGCAGACCGGCUGUACGACUCCAUGAAGGGCAAGGGCACCCGUGAUAAGGUCCUCAUCAGGAUCAUGGUCUCCCGCAGUGAAGUGGACAUGCUGAAGAUCAGAUCUGAAUUCAAGAGGAAGUAUGGCAAGUCCCUGUACUCCUACAUCCAGCAAGACACCAAGGGCGAUUACCAGAAGGCGCUGCUGUACCUGUGCGGCGGAGAUGACUGAAGCGCGACGUCGCACAACACCCAGGAUUGGUGCCACCUGGGCUCCCGCCUAACCUUCUAGAAAAUCAGCUCGCAACUAACUGACUCCUGAGCCCCUUCCCAUGAAGAUGAUGCUAGAGGUGCAGCCCUGCCCCGCUCCACCCCCUCCUUUCAGUUGCCUAAGCAUUGCCUGGCUUACCCCUCAUUCUCUCCUUUAAGCCAAAGAAAUGAACAUUCCAGAAAGUUGGAAGUGAACUCUGUGACAUGAAACACUUUCCCCUUGUAUACUGUGUCGUGAAUAAACUGUUUGUACUUUA